CGCCACGCCCGCCUCAGGCUGAGGGCCAGUCACUCGCGGGCCGGCGUCCCGCAGCCCAUUCGCGCCCCGCCCCUGCCCCGCAGCUGGACGAGUAACGGUUACGAAGCACUUUCUCUGCCGCGAUUUCUGCUUAGUCAUUGUCUUCCAGGAAACAGCUCCCUCAAUUUACCGUCAGCUCUCUCUCAGCGGCCGCAGUAACCUGAGUCACAGCCGCAGCCACCGGUGCCUUCCUCUCCAGCCGCCGCCGUUUGGCCUCCUUCGGGCCCGAUCGCAGGCCGGGCUCCAGCCGCGCGGCACCGGCAGCCUCGCGCUCCCUCUCGGGCCUCCCUCGGGCCUCUGGCCCCGCGUCCCGUGGGGCGGCCGCCUGCCUGCCCGCCCGCAGCCCCGUCGCCGCUCGCCCCUGGCAGCCGCUGCUAUGGGCACCGACAGCCGCGCGGCCAAGGCGCUCCUGGCGCGGGCCCGCACCCUGCACCUGCAGACAGGGAACCUGCUGAACUGGGGCCGCCUGCGGAAGAAGUGUCCGUCCACGCACAGCGAGGAGCUUCGUGACUGUAUCCAAAAAACCUUGAAUGAGUGGAGUUCCCAAAUCAACCCAGAUUUGGUCAGGGAGUUUCCAGAUGUCUUGGAAUGCACUGUAUCUCAUGCCGUAGAAAAGAUAAAUCCUGAUGAAAGAGAAGAAAUGAAAGUUUCUGCAAAACUGUUCAUUGUAGGAUCAAACUCUUCAUCAUCAACUAGAAGUGCAGUUGACAUGGCCUGUUCGGUCCUUGGAGUUGCACAGCUGGAUUCUGUGAUCAUUGCUUCACCUCCUAUUGAAGAUGGAGUUAAUCUUUCCUUGGAGCAUUUACAGCCUUACUGGGAGGAAUUAGAAAACUUAGUUCAGAGCAAAAAGAUUGUUGCCAUAGGUACCUCUGAUCUAGACAAAACGCAGUUGGAACAGCUGUAUCAGUGGGCACAGGUAAAACCAAAUAGUAACCAAGUUAAUCUUGCUUCCUGCUGUGUGAUGCCACCAGAUUUGACUGCAUUUGCUAAACAAUUUGACAUACAGCUCUUGACUCACAAUGAUCCAAAAGAACUGCUUUCUGAAGCAAGUUUCCAAGAAGCUCUUCAGGAAAGCAUUCCUGACAUCCAAGCACAGGAGUGGGUGCCACUGUGGCUACUGCGAUAUUCAGUCAUUGUGAAAAGUAGAGGAAUUAUCAAAUCAAAAGGCUACAUUUUACAAGCUAAAAGAAGGGGUUCGUAACUGACUCAGGAGCAUAACUUACUGACCUGUAAUUUCCUUGAAUAUAAGAUAAAAUUGAGAUGUGUAAAAAUCUGGUUAUUGCCUGUAAAUGGUGUCACUGAGGCAGAUAUUUUUUGUCAUAUUUGACAGUAUGUUGUCUAUCAAGUUUUGAAUACUUCUUUUGCCUCCCUAUCAAUCCAUUCUCAUGAACCACUAUAUUGGUUUCCUUAAACUAUUGUUUUCUAAUUGAAAUUGUCUAUAAAGAAAAUAUUUGCAAUAUAUUUUUCCUUUAUUUUUAUGACUAAUAUAAAUCAAGAAAAUUUGUUGCUAGAUAUAUUUUGGCCUAAUUAUCAGGGUAAUGUAUAUACAUAUUUUUUAUUUCAAAAAAAUUCAUUAAUUGCUUCUUAAAUCUUAUUAUAAGCAAUGUAAUUACAAUUGUUAAAACUGAAAUACUGGAAGAAGAUACUUUUCCUGUUAUUGAUAAGCUGUAUCUCAGAGUAACUGGAGUAGCUGGGAUUUACUAGUAGUGUAAAUAAAAUUCACUUUUCAAUACAUGAA